UUUACAUAAACGUCAAAGUCUACGUUCGUAGCAUUCGGCGUUUCAAUAAAAUUAGCAGGAAGACAAGACUCGUUCCUUGAUCGUUGUGUUAUAAUUUUACGUAAACGAGAAGUAGCAAGACAAUCGUGGUUCAGAUAAACUUUGACAAAAAGAGUCUUUCCACCAUGCCUCUUCACCGUUAUACUCAUGCAGUUCUGUGCAGAAUUCCUCUUUCGCUUCGCACAAGAGGCGAGGUCACGUUAGACGAAGCAAGAACACAGCAUUUGGCACUUGCUCAACUUCUACGAGAGCUCGACAUCGAUGUUGUUGAAAUGCCACCGGAUGAAAAUUCACCGCUCUGUGUUUUUGUCGAAGAUAUUGCAGUUGUGUGUAAUGGCAUUGCACUCAUAGCUCGGCCCAAUGAACCGUCGCGCCUAAAGGAGAUUGAGACAAUUAGAGCUGUUUUAAAGAAGGAGUUAGAAAUCCCACUUAUAGAGAUAGCCGAUAAAAAUGCUCGUCUGGAUGGAGGAGAUGUUCUAUUUACUGGUCGUGAAUUUUUUGUUGGAUUGUCUCAUUAUACAAAUGAAGCAGGUGCAAGAGCAGUCGCAGCAGCUUUCCCAGAAUAUCCGUGUGUACCUAUUAAGGUUGCUGAAUCCAAACGUCUCAAAGGUUUAGUUACAAUGGCUGGUCCAGAUAUUAUUUGUGUAGGUGCUGGCAAAGAAUCUCAAGAAGUUUUAAAGAGAAUUGAGAGAGAAGCAACUUAUAGUUACCAGACAUUAACUGUGCCUGAAGAUGCUGCAGCCAAUGUACUUUAUGUGAAUGGAACUUUAAUUCAUCGAUCAGAAGAUGAAAUUCCACAAUCAAGUAAAGUUUUUGCAGAAAAAAUUGAAUUUCCAACCAGAUCUUUACGCAUGUCUGAAUUAGCAAAGGUCAGUUCUGGUUUAACUUCUUGUUGUUUAUUGGUGCGUAGACCGAGACAUAUUCGCAGUAUUUAAACUAAGAAAUGGAAACCAGAAAUCGAUGAUAACCUAGCAAACGUGUUAAAUUGCUAGGAUCAUAUAUUGAUGUGAAUCAUAAAAUCAAGAAUUUAAAUAUUUCUGAUAAGAAAUAUUACCAAAAUGCUGUGCAAAAAACUAUAAUAUUGACGUAGCACGUACGUCGUUUCAAAACUUUAAUAACUACUUUAAUGAACAGAAAAGAUUAUUUUAUAAUUACUUUAUAAAAAAAAAGAUUAUCUUAAUAUAAAAGAGAUUUUAUAAUUAAGCAAAUUAAUAUAUUUGAUUUUAACGUAUUUACAUUAGAGAUAAUAUAUUGAGAUUUUAUUUACCUAAUUUGUAGACUUAUAGCAUAUUUUUAUCUUGCCAUUUAUAUAAUGUUUAUCUUUCCGUUUUUAGCUUUAUUAUGGCAGCAUUUAUAAAUAUAUAUAUUU